AUGAAAGAAGUUCGGCAAGAAUUAACUAAGGAAUAUUAUGCGGAAAAUCCCCAACUUGAGGAAGAAUUUGUGAAAGAUUUGCAUUUUAUCCACCAUUACAAUUUUCCUUCCUUUGCGGUUAAUGAAAUUGCUAGUUAUCGGGCAGUUUCUCGACGCGAAAUCGGCCACGGCGAAUUAGUGGAAAAAACUUUUGACCACCUCAUUCCUCCUCCUAAUUCCUUUCCUUACACGGUUCGAGCAGUUUCUGAAGUUCUUUCUUCGGAUGGUUCUUCCUCUCAGGCUUCGAUUUGUGCCACUUCUUUAUCCCUCAUGGCAGCGGGAGUCCCACUAAUUAGGCCAGCCACCGGAAUCGCCCUGGGCCUGUUUGAAGGCCAGAUUUAUAGCGAUAUUAACGGCUUAGAGGAUAAGUUAGGGGAAAUGGACUUUAAAAUUGCGGGUACCGAAAAAGGUAUUUGUUCCGUGCAAUUAGACGUCAAAAAUCAGGGAAUUAGCCAGGAAUUAAUAAAAACUAGUUUGGCGAAGGCUCGCCAAGCCCGAAUCUAUUUGUUAGAGGAGAUGAAAAAGCAUAUUUAUCACCCGCGCCCUAAUUUGCCAAUCCAAGUUAUUAAGUGUCGUCGUUUUGUGGUAGAAAAAGAAAAAAUAGGCUUAAUUAUUGGCCCCCGAGGAAAAACCAUUAAUCAAUUGACCGAGGAAACUGGUUCAACUAUCGAAGUUCAGCCAGACGGUUUUAUCCUUAUUUAUCACCAAGAGGAAGAUAAAUUAGAACAAACUUACCGAGCAAUUAAAGAGAUAAUUAAAGGCGGUUUUUAA